CACAUUUAAGUAAUCAGUGAUUAUACACUAAUACGGCCGUAAAUAUGAAUUAAUUUUAAAACAUUAGUUUGGAGAAAUUGAGGCGCAGAUUACGACUUGUGCGUUACGAGUCGACAUGGUAUAGUUGUUCUGCUUGGUUUUUGACCCCUUAUUCUCUGUUACACUGCGGAAGUAGCAAGGUACACAAUCAUUUGAUCGUCCUUUUUCAUAUCUUACGCAUUUGACUUGGCUUUUUCACAAAGUUGUUGACUAUCUCGUUACGUCAGUUCCUACUACUCUUACAGUAUUUGCACAAUGUCUUUCAUUCGUUUGAAGGUAUAUCCUAGAUCAAAUCACUCAUUAUCGAAGAUAUAAGUCCCGCACUUCCUUAGCUACCUACGUUGGGUUUCAUCGUCAAAUUUUCAACUGUUUAACGAGUCAUUUGAUAAAUAACAAACGUGGCUGGAUUUACUGACUAAGGACACCAUCAAUUGUUGUCUGUUAUAGUCUCCUAUUAUUUCCUCAGUCAACUAGACAGUCGCAGUUAUUUGACGGUUGGGGAUUCGUAAAUUACUAUUCGUAACCUUAUCCUGUCUGACUCUGUUCACUAGUAUACACUUCUCAUAGAGUUGUGGGUACAAAUGUUAUUUCAAAAUGUCGCACUAUGACUAUUCCUGACAUAAUUAGCGUAACCAAUAUCCUCGUACGUAAACCCCUCUUUUAGCGUUAUUGAUCCUUUGUUAUAUAAUACUUUGCAUUAUUUCACUACGAAAUACCUUCAACACUGUCCGUAUUUCUGCGGCCAUGUUUAAAAGUUGUGAAUCAGUCCAAGGAAAGUUUAUUCACAACCAUUUUUUUCAAUACUCAGAUAUCUCACUAUGUGAUUAAAACCAAAUGAUGGUUUCUGAUCCAUUAACUUCCGAAAUAAUAAAGCUCAUCUCAAACAAUGUUUGGUAGAUUUUACAAGCAGUCCAGCUGGUGGAGAUUCAAAUACCUACCCAUUAAACUUUGUUUUCCUAAUGUCAAGCUUCACUACACCUUACCUUACCUCAACCUACUAGGCCUGUCCUCCACAAGUCCCUGCCAGGCCUUCACUUUCUCUACUAAUCUGGCUUGAUGUUUAACGUGAUAUUAAAGUUGCAUCAUGUAAUAGGAGUCAGUUGUUUGUGUAAUGAGUCUCAGAAAAAACGAUUUACUAGCUGUUGAAAUCUAGAAAACGUUUUGCACGGCCUUUGCUUCCGAUUUCGUACAAUUUUUUUCGCAGUAUUCAAGCUGCAAGCGCUAUAAAUGUUGCAGAUAUUUAACUAAAGAGCCAAGUUAAGAUUACUGGUUGUGUUAAAUAGUUAGGAGACUUCACUACAGCAUCGUUCGUAGAUUCAAAAUUAUGCACAGAAUAUAAAUACUACCCUAUGAAAUUACGAUCUUGGUUUUGUUUACUGUUGUAUCUUUAAGCCCAGUUUAAUAUCAUAUGAAUUAUUCACCAAUCGAAAUGCGACUUGUACAGUCUUAGUACUGCCCCACACCAAUGGUGUUCGACCGAUAUGAGUAGCCCAGCGUCCUUAUUGACCCUUUUUCCUCCUAGCCUUACCAGUUGAGUCCGGAACGCAAACAACAGCUUCCACUAUGCGAAUCAUUUAUUUCAAACAUACUUGGUUUAUAUACCAGGCAAACAGACCGCAUCACACCAUAAAAUAGGAAGUAACAUUUAUACAAGAUCAAGCCAAAAAGUGACUAUGAACGUGGGAGACUGUCAUUAAUAAACUGCAUAUAAUUUAAGAAUAGUAUCAUAAUAGUCUAUAGAUCAAAAUAAAGCUUGUAAUAAGAGGAGUAUAGAUAUACAUAAUCGAGUUACUGAAUAGUUAUGAAAUAAGAAUAUGUAUAUAGUACUAGUCCACUAAUAGUUUUCAGAAGUUACCCGUAAUUUAAUCUUCACUAGGACAUAACACUAUUCCUUUUAUUUCGCUACUUCUUGUCAAUAUCUCCACCUUCAUAGAUAUACUAAACAUGGUUCGUCUUUCAUUUCAAGCUAAUAUAUUUCUUAUUUCUACUUCAGGUUUUUUGUUGAAAAGCCGAAUUUACCCUAAUAUGUUAUGAAAUGGAAGGCAAAUACUUCGAUCUUUAUGUUCCUUUUGAGGCAAUGAGCGCGCAUCUCCUUGCACGCUUGCUUGAUUGUGGUUAUCACUAUGUGGCGGUCAGUCAGUCUGUAUCAGUAGAUGACUUCAAUUUCGAAGUUAAAUCAGACUCCACUACAAGAAAGAAAAACAAAGAGGAAAGACAAGCUAUGCGCCAGAACCUUAUUGCAAAAUUAGAACCCCCUUCUCCAGAUGUUCUUCAAGCUUAUAUUAAUGAAAGCAGUGUAUUCAGAGCUUCUGUGUCAUUUCCCGCUAUAUCAUGUAGACCACGAAUAUUCACACGUCUGACGAUUUAUUGCAAUAAUGCUGAAAAUGCUGGUUUGUUCUUCCGUCAAUUUGAAGAUAAACUUGGUGCUUUCGAUAUUGUGAGCUUCUGUCCUACUUCCAAUAACGCUUUCGCAUAUGCAUGUGAAAAGGCUGUGAACAUUGAUCUUAUAUCUUUAGACCUUACAAAAUCAAGUGAAAUUCGACUGUUAAGUAAACAAUGCAAUUUGAUGAUGUCACGAGGUAUCCACUUAGAAUUCCAACUUGCUCCGGUACUUCGCUCUUCCUCUGGAACUUAUAGCGCACGUUCAGUCUUAUCACAGUACUUCAGCAGCUUACUCUGCAUAGCACGAAAGUCAUUCACAAACAUGAUAGUCGUCAGUUCCGGGGCGUCAAGCGGAUGGGAAGUCCGUCGACCAGUGGCGGUAUCUGCAAUGCUUGGUUGUCUAGGUCUGCAACCUCAGGAGGCAACUCACUCCUGUCUUACCAAGGCGCCUUUCGCGGUAGUGACUCAUGGUCUUAUACGAAGCAGAACAGUACAUGGUGCAGCUGCACUGCUUAAACUUUUGUCUAUGCCAAAUGUAUCUUCUAUAGUUGUUAAACCUACUGUAAAUAAACAAUCUACAGACGAAGCUAGUUGUGUAGAAGAUCAAUUACCUUGUAAGAAGAUAAAACUAACUCAGUAA